AUGACUUCUGACCCCGGCAGUGCUUCGUCUGUAAAAAUACUCCAUAGCAAAGAUGGAUCAAGGUUUCUUGCCCGCUUCGACAAAGUACAAAAUAGAGUUGUCCACGAAAAGGUAGUCGAUGAAGAUGAGUAUAUGAAGGAAGCUAUUUGCUCCAACAGUAAUCUGCUUUCCAUUGAAUCCGGUAUAUCUACUCAAAAAGAUACUCUACCGGGCCCAAAAGAGUCUAUCACAACGCGCAGAGAAAUAACUAGCAGUAACGCUGUGCACUUUAUCCCUGAUGGUGCUCAUCUAACUAAAGAAGAAUUAAUGCAGCAGAUAAAAAAUGAACAAACGAUUAAUAUCCUCAAUACUAGGUUUAAGAAACCAUAUGCGCCAUCUCUUGAUAAAAAAAAGCUUAGUGCUGCAAAAUUGGCCUUCAGGCCGGUAAGUUAUUUCGCCUUGUCUUUUGCCGGUACCUUUUGA